AUGGUUGAUGAAAAGUUGAAUCAUUUGUACAUGCCGAGCAACUUCACAGGGGAAGAUGGCAAGCAGGUUCUCGCUAACUUCAUUGUAAAAGAAGAAAAGUUGUAUAAAGACUUCUUCUCACAACACUUAACCAAUGAAAUACGCUAUGGACAAGAUGAAGCGCAAGUCGUUGACAUAUAUGGUAAAGUUGAGAAAAAACUUUUUCUGAGUAUUCACGGCGGUUAUUGGAUGGAAGGCAGUAGACAGUACGGUAUAUCCCCAGUCGUUCCAUUUUUUGAAAAAGGAUGGGCUGUCGGAAGCGUGGGCUAUAAGCUAGCUAUAGAUGGCUAUGGCUUGAAAUCAACCAUAGAGGAUGCUAUACAAGCCGUUCAAAAAGUUCUCGAAGUUUAUCCCGGUUUGACAGAUAUUGUAAUAGGAGGUCAUUCCGCUGGAGGUUAUUUGUGUUGGAAAGUUGCCGCCGCAUUAAAGUCAGCUAAGAUCAGAGGUGUGAUCGCAUUAGCACCUAUUUUUAAGAUCAAGGAGUUGACAGAAACGGAAGUUGGUUUAGCCAUCGGAUUGAAGAAAGAUGAUUUCAUCCAGCUUGACUGCCGGGUGGAUGAGUGGAACGGUUUGAAUAUUGCCGCUUUGUUCAUGGUUGGAACAAAUGAAUCACCUCCUUUCAAAGAGCAACUUAUGGAUAUGGUUCAAGAAUUACAAUCACGCAAUCAAGAAGUGAGGAGCAAACACAAGAUUUUCGAUGGAUCGAAUCAUUUCAGUUUAGUUUGGAACAUAGCCUUGAAGGACAGUGCAGAGAACAAAACAAUUAGAGAUUUCAUAGAUAGCCUUUGA